AUGAAUCGCCAUGAAGGAGUCAGCUGUGAUUCUUGUUUGAAAAAUAACUUUAGAGGACGACGAUAUAAAUGUUUAAUUUGCAUCGACUACGACUUGUGUGCCGCUUGUUACGAAUCCAGAGCGACAUCAAAUCAACAUACAACAGAGCAUCCCAUGCAAUGUAUUCUCUCGAGGAGUGAUUUUGAUCUAUAUUAUGGUGGGGAGACCCUGGCUCUAGAACAGCCGCAGGCUUACACGUGCCCCUUCUGUAAUAGAAUGGGUUUUACCGAUACUGCCCUUAUGGAACAUGUCACCGCUGAACAUGCUGACACAACACUAGCUGUUGUAUGUCCAGUGUGUGCCUCAAUGCCGGGUGGUGAACCUAAUUUUGUGACGGAUGAUUUUGCUGGACAUCUCACACUGGAACACAGGACUGGACCGAGGGAUCUCAUAUCAUUUCUAGAUGAGCCGAGCGGCAUCAGACAUGGCGGUGUCCGUAGGAUGCCCCCUUCAGGACGGGGAGUGAGUAGGGCCAGGCGUACCAACAUGCAGUUCAGCACGAGCGGCGGUAUAUCGUCGUUGUCGCCGUCGUCGCGGGACGCCGUGGUGGACCCCAUAGCUGAGCUGCUGUCCCAGCUGUCGGGCGUGAGGCGCGGCGCACAGCCCGGCACGCCGUCACAGCUGCAGCAGCUGCAGAUGCAGCUGCAGCUAGAGAGGCAGCAGGCUACGGCCGCUAGACAACAGUUGGAGCGCCUGCCCCGGAGGCCGGCCGCGUCCUCAGCGAGCGCCCCCCCUCCCGCGCCACAACCUGCCCCGCAACCUGCGCCACAGACGGAUAGCGACUCGCAGUUCCUACUGGCUGGGUUCUUAGGUGUAUCGAACGGCACGGACGUGGCGGAGGCGGAGUCCCGCGCGGCGCUGCUCCGCGGCCUGAUGCUGGCGUCGCUGGGUCGCGCGGCUCCUCCCCCCCCGCGGCCCGCGCGCCUCCCCCCGCGCCGCCCGCCACGCCCGCCGCCCCCGCGCCCCAGGCCCCGCGGGCCAAGCCCCAGCCCCGCACCAAGACGGGACCGCCGCCGCCCCCCGCGCUGCCCGCACGCCCCCGCCCCGUCUGACCCACACACACGUCCAAGGACUUGGGUGAUAGCACGUUUAGUGACAGUGCAGAAGGCUGUCACCUUUCGUCCUGACGAAGAUCCUUUUGUCACCAGAGAUCGCGUUAAGAGGAAAGAAAGAUGCAAUGACGAGUGGAGAUUUCAUAUAGCUAUCGUUAAAUAUGAAUCUGAUACAGAGUUCACGUUGAAGAAAAAAUUGCUUCUUGAGAACCUGCGAAAAUUAUAUGAUAGUUCUUGA